AUCUUCCGGCCGGAGUCCAGCAGCCGCCGCCCUUUCAAGGCUUCCGGGCGGCGAGGAGUGGGCGGAACCAGAGCCGGAAGCUCUCGAGGCCGUGUCUUUCCUGUAGAGCAGCGCUGGAGUACUAACAGGCGCUGGCUGGGAGGCGGGGCUUCUGGCCGCUCGCCACUCCAUCGGCCUCCCCGCCUGGGACCCCCGGGAAGCUGACGCCGAGGAGCCAGUCAGCUCCCGGCUCGCACGCCAGCUCCCGGGGUUCAGACGGCGCAGGCCUCGGAUGCGAGCGCCCGCCUAGUGUGGAUCCCGUGAGCUCCACCCGUCCUCACUAUGUAUGACCGUGCCCCCCGCUUGCUCAGGUUGGCCCAGCGUGGCUGUACUGAGGCGCACGUGGGUCCGGGGUCCUACCAGGUACCUUUCCCUGAGAGGGCCAAAGGUUCCUAUGCACCAUUUCUGUCUUUAAGUUCCAGAAAAAGUACAUAUGUUGUUGGAAAAGGAGCUCCAGGUCCAGCACACUACAAUAUAUCGGAAGCACAGUAUAAAAUAAAAGGAGGCCAUAGUCUGCAAUACCAAGAGGAGCGGUUUAAGAAGUUUGCUUCGGAUAGUCCAGGACCUGCAAGCUACAAUCAGUCUCCUCCUGGGACAUUGUGUACUGUGAGAAGACAGAAAAUUUCUAGAACACGUGCAGUUUCCAGAAGCAUUUAUGUUCCUUCAAUUCCCUCUUCCGGAAAGUCUCAUGGCUAUCACCUCAAUGACGAUGACAGUAUUAUGCAACGCACGCCACCUUCUAGUGAUGACACAAUAGGCCCAGCGUACUACAAUCCUCAAUUUGAUUAUCCUAAGGAAAUGUUGAAAUAUAAAGGUAUAAAUUUUGCCAUUGGUACAGGAAGACAAGAAAUUAUCAAACAUUCAGGUCCUGGUCCUGGACAGUAUGAUAUCAUCCAGAAAAGGAGAAUAUGUUAUGAAAAUAUUAACAUCAAGAAAGAUGGACAGCAAAAAUGUAAAUAUAUUCCACGGCUUUAUGAAGAAUUAAUAUGUCAGGAGUUAAAAAAGAGAUCACCAGGACCUGGAAAGUAUGAAAUUAAAAGUCAGUUUGAGAAGACAAAAUGUAUGACAGAAAAUAAGAAAAACACAGCUUCCACUUUCCUUUCUAUAUCAGAGAGAUUUGUACCAAUCAAAUCAAGUACCCCAGCUCCUGGCACAUAUGAAGAAAUGCGAACUUCUUUCAAGUUACCAAAUAAAAAGUCAGGACUGAAUUCAUCAUUUGGUCAAACUGCUACCCGGUUCAAACAGGACUCCAAGGCACAGGAAAUGCCAGGCCCUGGAUGUUACGAUAUCUCAGGCAACAUUCUACUCGCCAAGGUACAAAAGGCCUUGAAGAAAUCAAAGAAAACGGGAUUUGGCUCUUCUGUCCCUCGACAGUUUAUCACAGUUAAGAAAGAGGUUGCCAGUAGUCCUGGGCCUUGUCACUAUCAGGUUGGUGGAAUUUCUGAUGAACUACCUGACUUGACCAAUGAUAAUGCUGCUUUCUUGUCAAGAACAGAAAGGGUGGUAUUCGCACCAGACACGUUCAUGCCAGCUCCUGGCAGCUAUGAUGUUCAGGAAUCAUAUGAUAAGUCCCAAGUUAAACAUAAGUACAUGCCACCUCGCACUUCAGUGGCUAGAAAGAAACAUUCCUCCUUCCUGAGUUCAGCUCCUCGGUGCGUGGAAAAAAUCGAUGAUGGACCAGGACCCGCAACAUACAGCCCUGUUGUAAGGAGGUCUUGUGCCAUAAUCUCAUUUAUUAAAGGACCAAAACGUUUUGGACAAAUUCCUGAGAAGUCUCCUGGCCCAACGACAUAUGAGCUCAGUCCAUUUUUAAGACACACUGUUCUGAAGAGAACAUACAAUGUCACUCUGCCAUGGUCAUCCUCUGCUAAGGGAGAAAAAAAGACUGGCCUUCCCUUCCGAAAAAAGGAGAAAGAAAAUCCAGGAAAUAACAAUAACGUAGAAUAUCCUAACUGAUACAUCCCAAAGGUAACGUGAUGUAACCCAAGGUCAGCUGGCCAUCUUCUCAAGGAAAUAUACUUCCACUAUGAUGAUAUCCUCCCUCAGCUGAACAAUGAACACAGUGUUCAUUCUAACCUCCAGAGACAGAAAAGUCUAUUGCUUUAGCACAUUUAAUUCUUUUUCUUUCAUCAAAUUUCCCCAUUGCAUAAGUUAUAUAUAUACUCUUCACUGCGUUCUUUCUAAAAAACAUACUGUAGAUGCCUCCAUAGGAAAUAGUGUUAAUAAAGACAUCUGAUGAAAGCUUUUCUUUUUAACUUUAGAAUCUGUCUCUAACUAGAAAAUAAAGUGAUGUUCUGAACACUAAGCAUGCUGAAACAAAGCAAAUGAUGUUACUGUGUGUAUGUGCUAGCCACUUGAAUAAUUUCUUACGCUUUGAUUCUCUAAAAUUCUAAAAGUACAAAAUUUUUUAAAAAUCACAAAAGGAAUGUUUGUGAUUUUGUGUAUGUUUUGCUUUGUGUUUAUUUUAUGUGCAAAUAGGAAAACAAGGAAAAGGUAAUUAAAUUGUUACAAUCUGUUUUCAUAGACUAUUCUUUGGGAAGAUGGAUAUUCAUUUGUUUUUCUGUAGCAGCAUUAUUUGAAUAUUUUUGUGGGGUACCUUAUGGCAAAUGUACACAUGUUGCAACAUGUGUUUUUAUGAUGGUGAUUAUUAUUUUUGAUUCCUAGUACCAGACUCAGUAAGUAUUUCUUAUAUAGCUGAUCUGGUGGUGAUGAAUUCUCUCAAUCUAUGUUUGUUUGAAAAAGUCUCCAUUCUGACUUCAGUUUUGAAGUCUGGUUUUGUUGAAUACAAUCGUAAGGGCUGGCAGAAUCUCAUGCACUUGAUGUUAGCCUGGGAGGUUUCUGUUGGGAUCUAUGCUGGAAGUCUAAUGGGAAUUUCCUUGCAUGUGGCUUCACACAAUGAUCUUCACGUUUUUGAUUCUUACUUUCUCUUCUAAUUUUGAGCACAGCAUGCAUCAAUGAUGGCCUAUUUGGGGUAAAUCUACUUAGUUUUGUUCCUUUAAGCUGCUUAUAUAUAUCUCAUAUAUCUUAUCAUACUGUCGUUCCUUUGAGUUGCUUAUGUAUUAUACUCUGAAGCUUUCUAAAAUCUUUAGUCACCAUUUCAUACGAAUUUUCAAUUCCUUGUUUUCUUGGCCUUCUGAAAUUAUGAAAAUGGGAAAAUUAAGUUAAUGAUAUCCCAUCUCAUAUGUCUUGCUUUUUUAAUCCCAUUCCAUCCCUUCUCCUUUCUUUUCUUCUUUUCCUUUAUCUGAUUAGACUAGCUCAAAGACAUGCCAUGUUCUAAAAUGCUUUCUUUUCUUUAUUCUAGUCCAUCAUACAAGACAAGAACAAAUGUUAUCACACUGAUUACAAACUUGGCUCCAAAGUUCUGACAUUUCAAAAUGUGUAUAUUUUCU